CGACAGCUGACAUAUGCAUGCGAAUGAUUGGGUUCAGCGACUGUAUUCCAUCGAUCGCGUCUUCUCCGCGGUCUCGAUGAUUAUCGUUCUUUGAGAAUAGUUAUCAUAAUGUGUAUAUUUUCACAGCAGCAGCAGCCAACAUUGGUUGAGAGCACUGGUUAGUCACGGCAUGCAGACGACAUAUUGUUUAAUGAAUAAAUGUCGUACCGGAAAAUUAGAAAAUGGAAGCUCCGCCUCCAUCGUACCAAGAAGCGGUAAAUUCUGAACCGUCAACGUCUUCUUUCACAAUAUAUCCGUCCCAAAGUUCACCCGAGUCAACAACAGCAGGUGGACACGUUGCUGAGUUAUGUGUCUGUCCACAACAUGGUAUUGUGCCUCGUUUAAAUGUGUGUAUAUGUGGAAGAGACGGUUUACAGAGUGGUGCAAUCCAAACCACGUCAUGUCAACAUUGCAGCAACUACGUCAUUGUUCAACGUCAUUAUCUAAACACUCAUACCCCUAUCAGUGACUCCAAUAAUCAUUCAAGAAAUGAAAUCAGUGAAGAACGCAGUGACCAAUCAGGAUCAAAUGACGUAUCUGUACAUUUUGAUUCAGCAAAAGGAACAGUGAGUUCCCUAAUAUCAGAACCUGAACGAGAACCGAUGCUUUCCGAUGCAAAUAGGUUGACUGAAUCAGGGGAAGACGAGGAAGAAACAGAGGGCGCAUGCGCCAAUUGUAACACCGGUUCAUUUUGUGCAGCCUCAUUUUUAGCAAUUUUUGUCAUUAUUCUAAUAACAGUCUUCACAUUCUACUUAACGUGAUGGGAAUUUCAUGUUAUAUCUUAUUUAGUUAUUUUACUGCUAAAUACAAUAUUGACAGCAGCUUGUUACGAUAAUUUUGUUUUCGAAAUUUAUAAUUUAGUGUUUUAGAAAAUUAUUUUUCUAAUUACCAUUAUGUAUCCAUGAAUUAAUAAUUUUCUUUUUUAUGUUUUAAUUUCUCAUGCUGUUACAGUUUACAGUUAUUAUUAUUUUUUAAUAUGAUCGUUUAUUUAAGAAAAAUACACUGGCCCUGUUGGCAAUUUAAUUCCAGGGUGCAUUUAGUAAAUUAUUUUUGUAGAUGAUGUGUUCUCUGUGGAAAUCUUUCAGUAUAAUGAACAAAAUAAUAUACU